AUGCUACCGAGUUCUCGGCAUUGGUUGCGCAUACCUAAGACUUAUAAGGCAGCUGUCUAUGACAAACCAGGACAAAUCAGCAUCAAGCUAGAAGAACUUCCAACCCCUGAGCCCGGUCCAGGCGAGGUACUUGUCCGCAUAACUCAUUCAGGAGUAUGUCACAGCGAUCUCAGCGUCAUGAGAAGUGGCUGGACUGGCCUUCCUCCUUGCCCAGUCGGUCAAAUAGGCGGUCACGAGGGCGUGGGCAUUGUCCAAAAACUCGGCCCUGAUUGUGAAGCCACCUCCGUGAAGCUAGGGGAUAGAGUCGGUAUCAAGUGGGCUGCUGCUUUCUGCGGUAAAUGCGCGGCUUGUAAAGCUGGUUUUGACGGACAUUGCGAAACGAAGAAAUUCUCUGGGUUUUUCACUCCUGGAACGUUCGCUGAAUAUACACUUGCACCCGCCAAUUAUGUGACACCCAUCCCAGCCAACUUGUCUUCCACACUCGCCGCUCCAAUGCUAUGCGCUGGUCUAACAUCAUACUCAGCACUCCUCAAAUCCGGCACCUCAUCCGGAGACUUCGUCGUCGUCUCAGGAGCCGGCGGUGGCCUCGGCCAUCUCGCCAUCCAAAUCGGAGCCCGAGGAAUGGGCUACCGCAUGAUCGGCAUCGACGAUGCAUCAAAACGCUCUCUGGUCCUAGAAUGCGGCGCCGAGCAUUUCCUCAACAUGCGUGACUUUAACGAUACGACUCUCGCUGAAGAGAUCAUGAAAUUGACAGGUGGGCAAGGUGCGAAAGCCGUUAUUGUCUGCGCGGGGAGUAAUCGGGCGUAUGCGCAGGCGUUGCCAAUGUUGGGGUUUGGGGGCACGAUGGUUUGUGUGGGUAUUCCGGAGGGAGAACAGGUCCCGAUUAGUAAUGCGACGCCGGGGGCUUUGUUUGCGAUGCAGAAGAGGAUUGUGGGGAGCAGUGUUGGGAGUCAGAAGGAGGCGAUUGAGGUUUUGAAUUUAGCUAGUAUGGGGAUUGUGAAGACUGUUUGUAGGGAGGAGAAGAUGGAUGCUUUGCAAGGUGUUUUUGAGGAGAUGAGUAAAGGAGCUGCUAUUGGGAGAGUGGUGCUUGAUUUAAGCUGA